AUGAAUAAGAUUCCACUCUCUCUUUUGAUACUCUUCGCGACGGCGUGCUACGCAUUUGCCUUUUCGCAAAGAUGGAAGUCGAAGGAUCGCCGCUACUCGUCACAGCUCGCCGCAAUGGAUUCUGGAAGCUCCCCUUCUCGACGGGCCUUUCUGAGUGCCGCUACUAAUGUUGUAACCACUGUUGGAAUCGGUGCGACUCCUGCUUGGGCAGGAAUUGACCCCAGCGCUCUCAAAAACUUACCAGUCGAAGGGGACUCGGCCGGAACCGUAACUCGCCUCCAGCAGAUUGAAAAUUUACAAAAGCCCGCAUCGGAUCUUGAAGAUCUUCCCUAUACGGGAUUGCCGAGCGGAGUGUCAUAUCGUGAAUUCCGUCAAGGAAAGGGAGAGGCUACGGUUCAGGAUGGCUCCCGGGUCGCUGUGGAAAUGACCAUUCGAUGCAAAUCGUUCGCGACCAAUAUCGAACCCGGCGGUCUCAAGUACUUUUCUACUAAGGAUGACACCGACUUUAACGAACUUGCCUUUACCGUUGGAAAAGGCGAUAUUUUGCCCGGGUUGGAAGAAGGUAUGAUAGGGAUGCGUAAGGGCGCGAUUCGUCGCAUUGAAGUGCCGGCGACGAUGGUAUUUGCGGCCAAAAAGGCUGACCAGUUGCCUUUGCCAACCACCAAAGACGGCAAGCGCCGCUUCGAAAGCUUGUUCAAGACGGAUGCUACCUUGCUUUUUGAAGUUCUCGUGACACGAAUAAAAUAA